AGGAGGAAGGUGACAGAGAGAGGGGGGUUGAGGGAGGCAGUGGACAGGGAGGAGGGGGUAACUACAAAUAGCCGGGGGCAGUAGGUUCUCCUUCAGUGCUCCCCUGUGCUGCAGCCCUCACCAGGCUCUCUGUAUCUUCCACCAUGGCCUCCUACAGCUCCUCCGCCCAAAACGCCUCCUCCUACCGCCGCCACUUCGGCCAUGGCGCCUACGCCUCGCCCAGCCUCAACCGAUCGAUGUUGGGUCACAGCGGCGGAGGCGGGGGCCACUCCAGCUCCAGGGUCUAUGAGGUGACCCGGACCAGCUCCACGCCAGCCUACCGGGUCUCCUCCAGCUACUACGGGAAGCCCCUAAUGACCUCCCGGGCCUCCGUCGGGCGCUCCUACGGCGGCAUGGGCGAGACGCUGGACUUCAGCCUGGCCGACGCCCUCAACCAGGAGUUCCUGACAACGCGGACGAACGAGAAGGUGGAGCUGCAGCACCUGAACGACCGCUUCGCCAGCUACAUCGAGAAGGUCCGCUUCCUGGAGCAGCAGAACGCGGCGCUGGCGGUGGAGGUGGAGCGCAUGCGCGGCCGCGAGCCAACACGCAUCGCCGACCUGUACGAGGAGGAGAUGAGCGAGCUGAGGAGGCAGGUGGAGAUCCUGACCAAUCAGAGGUCACGUAUAGAGGUGGAGCGGGACAACAUGGCCGACGACUUGGACAAAUUCAAACUCAGACUCCAGGAGGAGAUUCUCCAGAAAGAGGAAGCAGAAAACAACCUGGCUGCUUUCAGGGCGGACGUGGAUGCUGCCACUCUGGCUCGCCUGGACCUGGAGAGACGCAUCGAGACGCUGCAGGAGGAGAUCGCCUUCCUGAAGAAGAUCCAUGAAGAGGAGAUCCGUGAGCUGCAGACACAGAUGCAGGAGACUCAGGUGCAGAUCCAGAUGGACAUGUCCAAACCGGACCUGACAGCGGCGCUGCGGGACAUCAGAGCCCAGUAUGAGGGCAUCGCGGCUAAGAACAUCUCCGAGGCCGAGGACUGGUACAAGUCAAAGGUGUCUGACCUGAACCAGGCAGUGAGCAAAAACAACGAGGCACUGAAGUCGGCCCGGCAGGAGACCAUGGAGUUCAGACACCAGAUCCAGUCAUACACCUGCGAGAUCGACUCGCUCAAAGGCACCAAUGAGUCCCUGAUGAGGCAGAUGAGGGACAUGGAGGACCGGCAUGGGCGCGAGGCCGGCGGCUUCCAGGACACCAUCGCCCGGCUGGAGGCGGAGAUCGCCAACAUGAAGGACGAGAUGGCGCGCCACCUCCGCGAGUACCAGGACCUGCUCAAUGUCAAGAUGGCGCUGGAUGUGGAGAUCGCCACCUACAGGAAGUUGCUGGAAGGGGAGGAGAGCAGGAUUACCUUGCCUGUGCAGAGCUACUCCACCAUGAGCUUCAGAGAGACCAGCCCCGAGCAACAGCAGCGCGCCUCUGAGAUGCAUUCAAAGAAAACUGUCCUCAUCAAGACCAUUGAAACCCGUGAUGGAGAGGUCGUCAGCGAGUCGACGCAGCACCAGCACGACAUCAUGUAACCACCUGCAGAAGAGACGAAGAAACAGAAACACAUCUGUCCUCGUCUGAGUGAGACAGAUAAGGACAACAAACAAGAGAACACGUGCAAAUAAAACUAAAAGUAAAAAGACUUUACAGACUCCUGAUUAAAGCCUGUACUGUUUUACUGCAAUAUGUGAAUUUAACUGUAUCAGGGUUUAUUUACCAAGCUACUCUGCAAAAAAAAAAAAAAAAACUUUUACUGUUUUACUGACUGUCAUCUGUCCCCCUCUAGUAGCCAUAGUAAUAAUCAUUGAGGGUGAUGCAGAGUUUAAAUAGCAGAAUUCACGCUUGAGUCCGAACUUUCACCGAGGAGAACGGGGUUCAUGUUCCAUGUAAAAACAAAAGUAAACUGAACUUCCAUGUUUCCUGCAUCACACUUUUACUUUACUACAUCACUUCCGGUGGUGAUGGCAUUUAUGUAAAUUUUCUUUGCUGUUUAAAGCAGGGGUCUGCAGCCUUCAUAUCGUAUUUUGAGCCUUAUUACAAUAAAACAGUCUACUAAUUUUAAAUCAGCCUAUCAACAAUACUAAUACUAUAUG